AGCUCAUGGAGAAGUUCGACCGGUUUCCUGCGGGUAAACAUUAAGCUUAAAUGUACCCUUGUAUUUUGCAAGGACAGACUGUUUCUCUGGGGCGAAUAUUUUUGUUAUAGAGCGACCAAAAACCACAAACCAACGACUUAGGGUUUCACUACCGAAACAGGAUGAAAGCGAGCAGUACUUCGGGAUUAGGGAAAAAUCGGAGGUCCUCUCUGAAAUCCGACGAAAAAGUCAAUUCCGACAAACGAGUGAAGAGUCUAAACCCUUCUAGGAGGCACAGGGAAAAGCUAAACACCGUCCUAGAUGAGCUGUCUUUGUUAUUACCCCUUGAUGGCACUGUUAAGAAAAAGUUGGACAAGCUAUCAGUCCUCAAGCUGACUGUCAGCUUUUUUCAAACUCAGAACUUAGUUUCAGGGAAGAGGAAGACUGAACCAAAGGAUGAGGGAAGUGGAGAAAGGAUAGCCAAAAAAUCAAGAAUAGAUGUCAACGUCAGCGAAAUGGCAUUAGAGGCCAUAGGUGGGUUCUUCAUUGUCCUGACAGAGGGUGGCAAUGUUUUCUACAUAUCAGAGAAUUCAUCAUCGUAUCUUGGGUACUCUCAAGCUCACAUGAUGCACCAAGACUUCCUAACAUAUGUCCAUCCUGAUGAUGUAGAAAGCUUCAAGGAAUGUCUUGGGAGACCACUACCGGAGAGUGUCAUUACUCACGAUGUGACUAGUGAAACAGCUACAGGACUGAAGCAAACAUGCUUUUGUCACAUUCGAUGUCAUGCCGGAAAACUAUCGAGUCAUAUCAGUCCAUUUUACUACAAAUGCUUUAAGUUUUUUGGUCGCACCAAGCCCCUCUCAGACAAAAAGAGCGGCCCAGAGAGCUAUGCGUUGUUUGCUGUCUGCACGCCCAUGUCCAAGACUGCAAGCAUCUUGAAGUCCAUCAAAGAAUCUACGAAAGGCUACACAUGUAAACUCGACCUGUCUUUCAAAAAUAUGAGGCUAGAUAACCGGGGUUUAAGGAACCUGCACCUUACGGAAAAGGACAUUAAUGGAUUAAGUGCCUACUUCUUCUACCAUCCAGGAGACGUGGAGAUAAUGAGUCUUGCCCAUGAGCGAAUUAUUGCAGAAGGCUCAUCCCUUUCUGCGUUCCGGGCUAUUGAUGGAAAAGGUCACAUAGUGUGGGUCAGAGGGCGUGCCUCUGCAGUCAUUGGAGCGUCUGGGAAAUUGGACGGCUUUCUCACAGAGAACAUUUUACUAAGUGAAGAGGAAGGUAAAUACUACCGCAAGUUAUACUUCCGUGAGCUGAAAGAGUGGAAGAAUAAGAGCGCUUCAUGUUUAGAGGUUUCAAGUGAAGGGGGCCUGUCCCCAUGCCUACCCCCCGGCGAGCUUGGAUGCUUGCAGAUUUGCGCCAACAGUGACGGCAACCUUACGAUAACACCCGUGAAAACAUUUCUGAAACAUCCCACUACAUCGCCUGUUGAGACCUCGUUACCUUUCUCAAGUCCUGACUGGACGAGUGCAGGCAUUGCAAAGGGUCCCCACCGUAAUGGCACCUCCUCCCCUUCCUCAAGCCCUGAUUGGACGAGUAAAGGCAUUGCAAAGGGUCCGCAUCGUAAUGGCAACUCACCCCAUUCCACAAGCCUAGAUUGGACAUGUACAGGCAUUGCAAAUGUUCCCCACCGUAAUGUCACCUCCCCCCCUUCCUCAAGCCCUGAUUGGACGAGUAUAGGCAUUGCAAAGGUUCCCCACCGUAAUGUCACCUCCCCCCAUUCCACAAGCCCAGAUUGGACAUGUACAGGCAAUGCAAAGGGUCCCCAUCGUAAUGGCAACUCACCCCAUUCCACAAGCCCAGAUUGGACAUGUACAGGCAUUGCAAAUGUUCCCCACCGUAAUGUCACCUCCCCCCCUUCCUCAAGCCCUGAUUGGACGAGUAUAGGCAUUGCAAAGGUUCCCCACCGUAAUGUCACCUCCCCCCAUUCCACAAGCCCAGAUUGGACAUGUACAGGCAAUGCAAAGGGUCCCCAUCGUAAUGGCAACUCACCCCAUUCCACAAGCCCAGAUUGGACAUGUAAAGGCAUUGCAAAGGUUCCCCACCGUAAUGCUGCCUCGUGCUCAGUAGUAUUCAAUACUGCUGAAGACACUAAGCCUUCUCAUCAUCUACGGCACUGGCCCCAGCAAUCAUCCGGGGAAACUCGAAUAGCCAACGCCAUUUGUCCUGCAAAUCCAUCGAUACCUACUUCAAGUUACAACCCCGUGAUUAAGGGCGUAGGCCAGAGCGAGAUGUGUAAUGGACAAUCUAAUGAUAUGCUUAGAUCGUGGCGUACUGGGCCAAAUGGAAUCCACGGCUUCGCGCCUUCUACCUGCUCCACGGCGGAAUUACCCUGUAUCGGAGUAAAUGGUAACAUUUCGUACGGGCAUCCACCUUGCAACGAUGGAAUAAGAGAAUGGAAUACUGUACCAACCAUUGAAGCGAGUGACCCUGUUGAUGCUUAUUUAUCGAAUUUUGAAAAUCUCGAGCAGAUGAUUAAUGGACUUAGAAGCCUACUCCCACCACGGGCGUAUGAAGACGAGUUUGAAGACGAUAUCAAGGGUAGCUCACGUGAUCACGGAAUGGGGCUCACCACUAUCGAGAACCCGCCCAGAAAGUCUGGAAUGUUCGCCAAUGUCUCGAAUCAGCAGUUCGGGGCGGGAACGCUUGCCGAGCUGGAAUCCAUCAGAUUGGAAGACUUGAAAAGCUUGUGGAACCAAGGUGACUCGUAUAAACCUGAAGACAACAGUGGAUCGGUCGCAUUCCAAACAUCGCCCUCGCCCUUACCUGGACAGAAGGAUAUGUUUGGGCCACCUUGGCAGGAUGGACCAUCCUUCGACCCUGGCCUCCUGAACGGCGGCUACACGAUGCGAGAAUUUUCAUCUCAGGUCAGAAAUCUAAAUAACGGCUUCUCCGGCCUCUCGUCGCCUUUCGAUGCGGCUAAUAGGAGCUAACGAAAGGUAGUUGUGAUAUAAUAUACCACGAUGACUGCGAUCGGAGAUUACGGAAGGCACUUGUGAUCUCAGCAGUAUACACAAAAGGGUUGAGGGACAGCAACAAGAGCUGCUCGGUGUGAACUCGGAGGUUUGCCAUCAGCUUACACGACAGCUGACUCAAGGCACUCGGGAUGCAAUCGGCACCCGUAACAGCUGACUCGAGGCACUCGGGAUCCCAUCGGCAUAGGCGACAGCUGACUCAAGGCACUCGGGAUCCCAUCGGCAUAGGUGACAGCUGACUCAAGGCACUCGGGAUGCUAUCGGCAUACGUAACAGCCGACUCGAGGCAAUCGGGAUUCCAUCGGCAUAGUUGACAGCCGACUCAAAGAAUCGGAAUCCCACCGGCACACGUAACAGCUGACAAUAGAGCACUCAGGAUAGGAUGCACAUGUCGUUAGUUCUCGAAAUGAAAUGAAACGAUGGAAAGAGUUAGGAGAAAAGCGUUAGAAGUGUGGACAAUGGUAGGACAAUAACGUGGGUACAAUCAGAACAUGUUUUCUAUGUAUUUUGGUCUAACUAGCGUAACAAUGUUGUCAAUUUUUUUAAUUUUACACUCUCGACAUUAAAAAAAAAAAAAAGAAAAAGCGGGGGAGAAGUAUUUUUAAAAAUGCUGUUUUUUUAUUAUUCAAAACAAAAACAAAACAACAUUGAUACGAAAAUCGACACUACGGACUAGAUAAUAUAGUAUAUCUAUAUUAUAGAAAACAUGGAAAAUAGAUGCAGGGUAUAAUGACAGUCAUAAUGACAGACAUAAUGACAUUUUCUACCAAAAACAACCGCAAAACAUUACGCCUAUACUUUACACCAUUUCUGAGAAAAUAUUUCUUGUCUGCUGUCAGGCUGGUAAAGGGUGGUAUGGAUCACGUUUCGCGGACCGGGCAAAAUGGCUUUUCACGUUUCACGGACCGAAAAUUGCCCUUUUAAAUCACGUUUCACGGACGUCGAAAUGGACAAUUACACGUUUCUCGUAGGGUGAAAAUUGGCGAAAUCUCGUUUAAAGAAAAUACCCUUUACCACCCUGUGCUGUGGUCUGGUAAUACAAAAGACAAAGCGUAAAAUCGAUCAAGAAUUUAAAAAAAUACAUUCUUGAAAAAUACAUUCCUUUUGGCGUUCUUGAGAACCAUGUCUUUUCUAAAGAGUUUCAUGGAAAGUUAAGAAUGUCUAAAGAAUUUUAUAUCACUUAUUUAUUUAUUUUGUACAGAACCUUUUGAUAGUGGGGUAGAGCACGCUAAGCUAAGUUAUAAUAACUAAUAUAUAAUAUCGGGCAGCGCUUUCCUAUUCUACAUUAUCGCCGUUUGCAUUAGUAAUACUAUACGCAGCCACCCUAGAAGUCUGCAGACGCUUGUCAAUCGAAAGUGUUGAUUCGCAGCUGUGUUUGAAACCGCUUUGCUUCACACAGCCAAUGACGCGGUUUGCGCGUCAAGACUAGGUCUCUGAUGGACCCAGGAAGGGGAUAGGGGGGGAAGGGGGUUGCCAGUCUGUCCGCUUUCUUAGAGCCAAGCUACGACUGUACUUACUUUCCCAAUAGCAAUAGGAAGUAACAAUUCUCCUUACCAUAGUGAUCCAUUCAUGAAUGGGAGAAUUGAGAAUGACCAGGUCAUUUAUACCAAAGAUACACAUGUACAUUCUUGCAACCUUUGUCAUCGAUAAAGUAAGGAGAAAAAUCCAGUCACAAAAUGGGUAAGAAUGGGUUAACUAGGUGGCUAGGCGUCAAACAAGCUCUUUGGUUCGUCUUUCUUUUUGUGAAUUGCUAUAUUUAAAGAUAUGUAUACCUAUAAAUAAAUGAAAUUGCAUAA